AUGUCUGAGCCCAAUGAUAUGCAAGUGGAUCAACAACAACCACUGACCCAACAAUAUCAGCAACAGCAACAACAACAAUCACAACCUCAACAAGCGAUUCAACAACCACAACCACAACAGCCACCACCACAACAGCAACAACAGCAACACCAUCACCAUCAUCACCAUCAUGGACACCACCAUCACAAGGAUCAAAAUGCUCAUACUGCCAACUACAUUGGUAAAUACCAAGUUCUUAAAACCCUUGGUGAAGGCUCCUUUGGUAAAGUCAAGUUAGCUCAACAUACAGUUACAGGUCAGAAAGUUGCUUUAAAGAUCAUUAACCGUAAAACUCUUGCUAAAUCGGAUAUGCAAGGCAGAAUUGAGCGAGAAAUUUCCUAUUUGAGAUUAUUAAGACAUCCACACAUCAUUAAACUUUAUGAUGUUAUCAAGUCCAAAGAUGAUAUAAUUAUGGUUAUUGAAUAUGCCGGUAAAGAGUUGUUUGAUUAUAUCGUACAACGAGGCAAGAUGCCCGAAGAUGAAGCUAGACGGUUUUUCCAGCAAAUUAUCGCUGCUGUUGAAUAUUGUCAUCGACACAAGAUUGUUCAUCGAGACUUGAAACCAGAGAACUUGUUGUUGGAUGAUCAAUUAAAUGUCAAGAUUGCUGAUUUUGGGUUGAGUAAUAUUAUGACUGAUGGUAAUUUCUUAAAGACUAGUUGUGGAUCUCCCAAUUACGCUGCACCUGAAGUUAUAUCCGGUAAAUUGUAUGCUGGACCUGAAGUUGAUGUUUGGUCAGCUGGUGUUAUAUUGUAUGUGAUGUUGUGUGGUAGAUUACCAUUUGAUGAUGAAUUUAUACCGGCAUUGUUCAAAAAGAUUAGUAAUGGGGUUUAUACAUUACCUAGUUACUUGAGUUCCGGAGCUAAACAUAUUUUGACAAGGAUGUUGGUGGUUAACCCAUUAAAUAGAAUCACUAUACAUGAAAUUAUGGAAGACGAAUGGUUUAAGCAAGACAUGCCUGAUUAUUUGUUACCACCAGACUUGUCAAAGAGUAAACAUAAAAAGAUUGAUAUUGACGAAGAUGUGAUUAGAGCAUUGAAUGUGACUAUGGGAUAUGAUCGUGAUGAAAUUAUCAAUAUCAUCACAAAAUGUAACAAGCAUUCGUCACCACAACUGCAAAAGAAUGAAAUAUUGGAUGCUUAUUUGUUAAUGAAGGAAAAUCAUUCAUUGGUUAAAGAUUUGAAAAAAUCAAAACUGGAUAAAGUUGAUAGUUUCUCGAGUUCAUCACCCCCACCAACGUCAAGUUUGGGUGGUGAUCAUGGUCCUGGUGGAUCUUCAGGAACAUCUGCUGGAAGUAGCAUUGAAGCUGCCACUGGUGCCACAGGUGCUGGCGGUACUUCUUCAUCUUCUUACCCGUCACACCCGGCCACAAGUUCAGCGCCAGGAGUUCAGCAAUCGUUAACUUAUCAAACAUUGGCUGGUGUGCCUGAUUUGUCACAACUUCCCAACUCCACUAUUGCUAUACUACCAACCAGUUUGCCAUCUAUCCACAGGGCAUUCAUGAGUGAACAUCAACAAAAUUCUCAACAACAGCAAUAUCAACCAACACCGGUUAAAAAGUCGAAAACGAGAUGGCAUUUUGGUAUAAGGUCAAGAUCGUAUCCAUUGGACGUAAUGGGUGAAAUCUAUCGUGCAUUGAAGAAUUUAGGAGCUGAAUGGGCCAAGCCUACUGAAGAAGAGUUGUGGACUAUACGAGUUCGUUGGAAGUAUGAUGUAAGGUCUGGUACAGAUUCUGACAAGACACCUAAUUUAAUGAAGAUGCAAAUACAAUUGUUUCAGUUGGAACCAAACAAUUACUUGGUUGAUUUCAAAUUUGAUGGAUGGGAGCUGGAGCAGGAAGAAGAGGAAGGAGUAGGCAAUACAGGAGAUAAGAAGGAUACUACGUCAUCGGCUAAAGAUCCUCACAGACAUCAAGAUUUAGAUGAAGUUGGUAGUUUUUCAGCGUACCCAUUUUUACAUUUAGCUACUAGAUUAAUUAUGGAAUUGGCUGUUAAUAGUCAAGGUGCAUAA